CCCCUCCGACACGGAGCGAAGCCGCGUCCUUGUAGUUUCUGAUCCGCUUUCCCGGUCAGAGUUCGGGAAGUCGCGAGCGAGUCGGUCUUCUCUUUUACUUGGGGAGCACAGGGAAGGAGAAGAAUGGCAGGGAGAAGCCACCACCGCCCCACCAAGCACGCGGCGCACCGCCUCUUUUCCGAGUCGGCGUCCACCGGUUUCCAAGACUCGGACGAGUUCACUGAGUCGGACGUCUGGGGAUGCCCCGUCGAGCCGGCCCCCAGCCAGGCCGAGCCCGGCGGCCGGGCGAUCCCCUCCUUCCGCCCGUCCGCCCGUGGCAGGAAGGCCGACGGCCAGAGGGGAGACCGCGUCCCCCCCGCCUCCCUGCCGGUAAACAUACCCGAUUGGUCCAAGAUCCUCGGCAACUGCGCCAACAGCCACGGCAAGAACAGCAGCGGUCUCUGGGAGGAGGAGGAGGAGGAGGAGGAGGCAAUCGACGGCGACGAGCUGGACGGCCGGCGGAUGGUCCCGCCGCACGAGCUGCUGUGGCGGAGCCGGGCGGCGUCGAUGUCGGUCCACGAGGGGAUCGGGCGGACCCUCAAGGGCCGGGACCUGAGUCGGGUUCGCAACGCCGUGUGGCAGAUCACCGGCUUCGAAGACUGACCGCCCCUUCACCACCGCUGAUCCCUUCUCGUUACACUCCACCUUUUUGGUCAAGCAAAGAGAGAAACCGAGAGGAAUUUUUUUGUUUCUUGUAGUCCAUAUGGAUUCACCUCCAUAUGUUCUUUCGUCUUGAAAAUUAGCUUCUUUUUUUGUGAUC